CAUACUCUAGGUUAGUUGUUAUAGUACCAAAAAUAUUUCUUGGUGCGUUAUAUUUUAGAGCUUGAGUUAGUAGUGUGAAGGUAGAUUAAUAAUGGCCGAGUUCAAACAUUUGGUGGUGGCAAAGUUUAAGGAAGGAGUUGUUGUGGAAGACAUUAUCAAAGGCAUGAAAGAUCUUGUCUCGGUUAUUGACGAAGUUAAGUCCUUUGAAUGGGGACAAGAUUUGGAGAGCCAUGAAAUGCUUAGGCAAGGGUUUACACACUCAUUCUUGAUGGCAUUCAACAACAAAGAAGAUUACGCUACAUUCUUGGCUCAUCCUAAGCAUGUUGAGUUUUCUGCCACAUUUUCUGUAGCAAUUGACAAGGUCAUCUUGCUAGAUUUUCCUAUUGUCCUUGCCAAGCCCAUCAAGCCUUCGGACACCGCCGCGGCCGAGCCAUCGGCUUAAUUAGGCUACACCCACUACCGUCACCACCACCGGAAGCUGAAGCUUAAUUAGACAUAAAGAUGUCGUUCAGAUCAAUCCAAGUAAUUAAUGUGGUGUUUCAAGUGGGAUUAAUUAGAUGUUUUUGUUUGUUUGUUAUGUUUUAAUCUUACAUCAUAGAUGUGAGAUUUAAUUUGCAUGGUAUAAUUACGUGCAUCCCCUUUCAUGUUCAUCAUUAUAAUGCAGGCAUAUGAUAAUUUAUCAUGUUUUUCGUA